AUGAAUUGCUCAGUUUGUGGAUUGAACUUCAUUAGAAAAGAUAAAGGUUGUCAAUAAAUGGAAUGCCAAAAAUGUAAAUUAAUAUAUCAUAGAUAUUGUUAUGGGUAUAAUAAUUAAGAUGAAUAUUGUGAUCCAUGUUAAGAUAAUAUAUAAAAACCUGAAUGCUAUAUUUGUGGAUAAAAUGGUUUGCUUAAAAGAGUAUCUGGAUAUAAUCAAAUGUAUGUGCAUGUUAUAUGUGCAAUUUUUGAUCCUUACAUAUUGGUGAGAGACUAUCAUACAAUGUCAUUUAGUUUAUUAAAUUAAUUAGAUAAAAAAACAAAGGAAAAAUGUCAAUAUUGUUAAAACUUAGGAGCUUUGAUAAAAUGCUUAGAUUGUACAGAAUUCGCACAUCCACAUUGUAUUUUAAAAGAAAAAGUUGAAAAAGAGUUGUAAUAUAUUGAAAAUGAAUAAUGGAUUUUAAAUCUUAGAUUUUAUGAUACUUAAUAGGAUUAAAACAAUUUAGAUAUAGAUUAAUAAGAAAUUUAAAAUGAAUUAUAUGAUGUUUAGGAAGCUUUUUAAUUAUCAAUAGAUAUUUUGUAUGAAAUUCCUUAACAGAAUGAAAAUUUAAUAGUUCAAUUAAAAGAUGAAGUAUAACACAACUUAGAAACUAUAUUUGAAAAUUAUUAAUUACCUAAAAUUAAUAAUAAUAAUAUUUGGUCUUCAGAAAAUAAGAUAGAAAGUUAUUGUUAAUCUCAUAUGGAAAAUCAUAUGAUUUUUUGUACUUGCAGAAAAUCAUUAAAUAAUUCUUAAAUGGUUUAAUGUGAUCAUUGUUAUGAAUGGUUUCAUUUUGGAUGUAUUAAAAAGCGUUAGAUAAAAGAAGAAUCAUAUGUUUGUGAAGCAUGUAAACGAUGGACUAUUUAAAGAUGCAAAAUUGAUAUAGAUGAUCCUCAUUUAUUAAGUUUAGAAGAUUUAUUAAUACCAUAAGAUAUAUAUAAAGUUCACUUAUUAGAUUUUAUACCCAUUUUAUUAUAUUUGGAAGCAAUUAUGAGAAGAUUGCCAAGACUUCUUUUAAGUAAAAAUGACUUUAAACAAUUAAAACAUAUUAAAUCAUUUUUAGCUUCAAUGCCUAUCAAAUCAUCUGCAGAAAUUUAGCUGGAUAAAAUAUUGUUGAAGUAAAUAUUAUUAGAAUAAUUAAAAUAACAAUUAUUAUUUAUUAUACCAGACUAAUUAUAAAAAAAUAAAUCUUUUUAUGAAGAGUUAGCGAAAUAAUUAAGAAAUAAAGGGUAUUUGUUUAAAAAAUAAAAAAGAAAAGUUUUUAAAUCAUUUUUGUUAUCAAGAAAAUAAAUUAAAUUUUAAAUAUAAAAAGGAAUAAAUGAUGGUUAUUUAGUAGAAACGACAUUUAAUCUUUUAGAAGAAAACUUGAUUGAUAUACAAAAAUUGUUUAUAUGCCCAAACUAAUAAUUAUUUAAUUUAGUUAAUCGAUAUAUAGUCACUUAAAAUAUAAAGAUUAAGUUCAAAUAACUAUUAAAUGAUAAUAAAUUUUAGUGGGAUAUUCCAUUUAUGGAAAACUAACUUGAAUUAACUGUUUUUAAAUAAUACAUAUUAAUGAAAAAUUAAAAAAGCAAACCACUUUUAGAGAAAUUAAAAGAAUUAAAAAAAAUGGCUUAUAAAAAUAAUAUUACAAUGGGUUGUGUCAAAUUGAUAGAAAAUUUAUUAGAAGAAAGCGUAAUUUUGGAAGAUGGUAAUAUUUAAACAAAUUUGAAAUAAAUAAUAGAAUUUCCUUUUAAUAGUGAUAAAUUGUUAAAUCAAAUUUAGACUUAUUUUGAAGCAUAAUUAAUCUAGGAAUUUAAAGUAGAUUUAGAAUAAAAAAUAUAGAAAAAUAGUCGUUUGACUAAAAGAGAAUAUUAAGGACUUUAUAGUUUUGAUAAUAUUUAAAAAGCUGCUUAAAUAUCACCAAUAAUUAGUAGAGUUGUUAAUUAAUUAAUAGAAAUUCAUGAGAAAUUUUAAAAGUAAGAAAAGAUUACAAACAAAUUUUAUAUAGAUAUGAUAGAUCUGAUUGAAAAUUGUUUAUUAACAACUGAAUAUAUAGAAAAAUAAAAAAGAAAACUUUAAAAAUUUAAAGAGUUUGAUUAGAAAUUAUAGGAAAUAUUAAGUAUGAAGGAACUAGAGGAAAUAGAAAAUGAGUGUAAUUUAUAAGGAUUUGAAUUAGAUACAUAAAUUCGACGGAAAGAUCUAAUAUAAGCUAAUAGUAUAAUAAAAAAUAAAAAUAGUAUAUUAGAUUGUUUAGAUCAAUAUAGAUAUCUGAAAUCAGCUGAACUUGAAUAAUAUAUAAUGUAAAUUCAAUCUUAAAUAGAAUUUGUUCGACAAUUCUUUUAUAUUGCUUACAAUUAUUAGGAUAAUUUAUAAGUGAUGUUAUAAAAAGUGAAGUAGAUUCAAGAUUUGGAUUUUAAUAAUGAACUAAUUUCUUAGGUUAUAAUUCCAGAUGUUAUUUUUGAUGAGAUAAAAUAAGUUGUAUAGAAUUUUAGAUAAAUAUAUUGGAGAUUUGAAUGUUAGAGAGUAUUAAAUGAAUCAAAUAAAAUUGAAUUGGAAUAUGGUAAAAAGAGAUAUAACAUAAUUUAAGUGAUAAAGUUGCUUAAUUGUGAUGAUUAAAUACAAGAUCACUAUUAUUCUAUAUAGAUGUAAAAGAUUAAAAGUUAGUAUGAUAAAUGGUUGCAAACUUUAAAAGAGUUUGAAUUACAAUUAGAAAAUUCAGAGGUUCCAGAAUAAUACUAACUAAUUCAAUUAAUAAAUAGCAAUUACUACAAUAAUCCAUGUUUAUCAAGUUUAUUAUGGUCAUUUUAUAUUUAAGUGCUAUGGAUGAAAAAAGCUGAGGAGUUUUUAGAAUAAAAAGCUAAUUAAUUAAGUUUAAAAACUUUAAUAAACUGUUCUAAUAUUGCAAAUAUAAAACCAAAUAAUUAAUUAUUAAAUAAAUUGAAAGAGAAUCUAAAUAAUAUUGAAGAUCUAAGUCAAAAAAUGAAUGAAUAUUCAGAAUAAAGAAAUUUGUGGUUAAGAAAUAGAGAAUAAAUAAAUAUUUUAUAAACAUAUAAGCAAUAUUUUAAAUUUUUGGAGAGUAAACUUGAUGCUGAAUAAAUGAAUGAGAUUUUGUUGAGGGCUUAAUAGCAUUAAAUAUUUAAACCAAAAGAAUUAGAAGAUGAUUUAUAAGAAGUUAAGAUAGUACUAUAAUAAUACAAUGAAUUAGUAGAGAAAUAGCCUGAGAAUUAUGUGUAUAUUGAAUAAUUAUAAAAAAUAAGAAUAUUUUAUGAUCGAUGCUUUUUAAAAGUUCAAGGAUUCAGUUUACAAUUGAUAUAUAAUAUGAUAAAAUAACAAUCAUUAAAACAUUUGAAGUUAAGAAGUUAGAAUAAUUUAAUAUAAGAAAGAUUGAAUGAAAUUGAUGAAUUAAUUAUUUUAGGAGGAGAGGAAUGGUAAUAAAAAUUGCUUGGUGCUAAUAAAUAGAGAUAGAAGAACAGUAACAGUGAAGAUUUAAAAUUUAUAGAUUAUGUAAGAUAUAUAAAUUAAUAUUAAAGAGUUUGAGAGAUGAUUUUGAAUGGAUAGGUUGGUUGAAAGAGAGUGUUUAAAAUAAAGAUUAAAGUAUUAGUAAAGAGAACAAAAAGAUAUUAAAAUAGGAGAAGAUUCAGAAAAAGAGGUUGGAAUAAACAAAAGCAGAUGAAAUUUGGGAAGAUUUGAGAAAAACUUCAAGGGAGAUAUUUACAACAAUAUUAUAUAAAUAUAAAAAUUGGAGAAAAGUUAAUGAAUAAUCUAUCAGUAAUUUAGAAGCAUCAAUAUUUAUGGAAAUCAAUUUAGAUAGAGAGAGAUAUUUAAAAGAGAUUGAUUAAGUAAAAUAGAUAAUAAAACUAAAUAUAUAAAAAGAGUAUUAAUAUUAUUUAUAAUUAGUUUAUUAUAUGAAGAAAUAAGAAAAAUAAAAGAUUAACGUAUUAAUUAGAAUUUAUUUAUAUAGUAAUUUACUAAAAUAUAAGAAUAAUAAUAAUAAAAAAAUAAAAUAGUUAAGAUAGCACAUUAACCUAUUCUAAUACCAUAAAUAAUUUGUUAAAAAUUGAUUUAGUAAAAAGAAUUUGAAAAUUAGCCUUAAGGAGAAAUACAAAAUAAAAUAGAAAAAUAAUUGUUAUUAUUCAAUUCAGAUAGUUAGAUUGAAGAAGGACCUAAAAUGAAAGAGAAACAAGUGUUAAUGAAUAUAGGAGAAUUGAAUCUAAUGUUAAAAAAGAAAUCGAAUGAGAAUCGAGAUUCAUGGUUAAUACGACCAUCAUUAUUAACUUAUGAUCAUAAUUAAACUUAGUACUUUCCAAAACCAGAAUUAAUUACGAUUACUUGUAAAACAUAUUCCUCUGUCAAAGCAGUUGUUGAAUAUUUGACAAAAAAAAAAUCUUAAUACAAAAUGAUAAUUGGAUGGGUCUAUUCUAAAAACAUAGCUGUUGCAGGAGAUCUUUUUAAUUUGGCUGAUAAAUUGAAAUAUUCCAGAUAAUGUAUUGGUAUCAGAUAAGGAAAUAUUGGAUUAACCUUGAUUUAUUAUGAUUUUUUAAAGAAAUUAAAACCUAAUACAAAAUGGAUACUUUUAAGGGAUUAAUUUGAGUAAGUUUAUAAUAAUAAUUUUAGAAAUUAACAGAUUAUGAGUAAUUUAUAAAAUUAUCACACACUUGAGAAAUUCAAAGCUCGUCUCUGCUUUAUUUAUUAUAUUAAAGACUAAACAAUAUCUCUUAACACCAUUAUACCUUAACCUAUAGAUUACAUAGAAGUAAUGGAAGAGCCAAAAUUAAAGAAUAUCAUUGAUAAUUACAGAUCUCUCUAAAAAUAAUAAUUAAUUUAAAUUAAUUAUACUGAUUAAAUUAAAGAAGAGAAUAAAGAUGAUAAUGCUUAAUAGAAUUAAAGAUAUUCAUAUUAUGCUGAUAGAAAUUUCUGA